ACUCUGCCAAGUAAUUGGCGGCGACUGCGUGUCGGCGUCACAUCAGUGUCUGCGCAGCUCUCGGGCCUGUCCCCACAGAACGCGCCUUGCAGUUCCCGAAGACAUCCGACAACGCGGCGUUCCAAGAGGCGGCCAAAAAUGAAGUCUGUAGCGUUGGCGCUGGUGCUGCCGCUCUUCAGUCUCGUCGCUGGUAGCUUUGAUCUGCCAGAUCUCUGCCAGUCACCGGGCCUCGAGAGCAAGAUCCGCUUCUCGCUCAAGAGCGAACGCAACGACACCGGGCCAUGGAUCUCCACGGUGAGGGGGGAGCGGUCUACGCCGGGCGGCGUGGCGGGCAGCGACUCCUGCCCCUGGGAAGUGCGCGUCGGCCACGAGGUCACCACCUGCCCUCUGCGCAGCCGCGGCGUGCGCCUCGCCGCCACCAUCGAGAUGCAGUCGAACCUGACGGACGCCGACGUAGCAGCGCUCGUGAAGAAAAGAGGCGAAGUUCCACCGCCUACGACGGAGUACAGGACGAAGCUGGGGCACAGCGAGUACAAGCUGGAUCUGCGGCUGGUCAAGUGGGAGCUGGCGCGCCAGUACUGCCAGGAGGAGGGCGCCGACCUCGUCGUCAUCAACUCCAAGCAGGAGGCCGACGUGCUGCGCAAGAUCCUCGCCGACCACGGCGUCAUCUCGGAGGACCCCUACGAGAACAAGCAGGUCUGGGUCGGCAUCCACGACCGUCACGCUGAGGGCAACUUCGUUACCGUCUUUGGCGAGCCGCUGUCGGAGACGGGCUACGUGUCGUGGUCGCUGGGCGAGCCCAACAACCUGAGCGGCAGCAGCGAGGGCGAGGACUGCGUCUCGAUGCUGCGCUCCGGCGACUACAACGACGAGAUCUGCAACAAGAAGCUCGCCUUCAUCUGCGAGCGGCCCUACUUCACCGAAAUCUACAGCUGACGGCCGCCUGGCGCAGUCUCGUGGUCGCCUCGUCAGCCGAAAUACCGAGGCAUUGGCAGAUUCCUUCUUCUUGUUUCCCAGCUGUAUGACUCUUCGUUAACACCUCUUUGUUAUAGGCUCCUAUUUUUUUUAUAUCUGCUGUACAUCAGAUAUUGCAUAUGCAAAGGCUCCAAAGGCCACAGUACUUGAGUUAACUGUGUUACUUACCUGAUCAUUUCAAACGACACAAUAAAAGACUAGUGGAGAGUGUGGUUUAAGAAGCAUUAAA